CCUCUCAGUAUCGUUUUCUCCCUCGCACUUAGCAUUGAGUUGGUCUCUCUGUCUCUCGCUCUCGGUAACGCCGAGGAUUCGCCGGAACAGUUCGCGGGACGACGUUUUCACGGGCAAACUGCGAGUGACAGCUGCCAGUCGUUGUCGGCGCGCGCUCUGCGUAUAUUUUUCCUCUAACUAAGUGUGUCUUAUUCGAGGAUAUCUUUCUGCAGGUAUAUAACCGAGUAAAUAUUUAUUAUUGCAUUUACUUGCACUACGUAUUCUUACGUUUCAUCGUCGUCGUUUUCAUCGUCGUCGACGUCGUCGUCGUCGUCCUCCUUGUCCUCGCCGUCGUCGUCGUCGUCGUCGUCGUCGUCGUCGUUAUCGUAGUCGUCGUAGUCGUCGUAGUCGUCGUCGUUGUUGUUGUUAUUGUAGGCGACGUUUAUCGGUGUGUCAAGUGUGAUAUUAUGGAGUGUGAACAAAUAAUUAUUUAAAGGAUAAAAGGAUAUAGAAAUAUUAAAAGAGAAAGAACAAAAAGAUAAUUAUUUUAUUUAAACUGAAUUAUUUUACAACAUAGUUUUGUCAUCUUUAUCGUCGUCGUGGUUGUUGUUGUUAAUCGUUAAAAUACAAUCUCAGUUAAGUAAAGGAGAAGUAUCGUGAAGCUGGAGUCUCCUAUUGGUCGAGACGAAGUAGAAGAAGAAGAAGAAGAAGAAGAAGAAGACGACGACGACGAAGAGAAGGAGAAGAAGAAGAAGAAGAAGCAAAGGAGAAGGCACGGUCGAAGGCAAAACGGACGAUCCAAAAGGCAUUCCUUAGCAAGCUACUAAGAACACUAUUACGAGGUGUAAAAGUUCGUGUGUGCCGGCAAUAUUAUUUUUAUUCAUAUUAUUCAUAUUCUUACGGACUCGACGAUAUAUUUCAACUACGAUCAAAUUGUGCUUCCAACGGUGCUGUUAGCUUCGUUUUUGGGUCAGGUCAUGGUAAGCGGCGGAAUGGCUGGGCAGCACUACUGCCUACGUUGGAACAACUACCAAUCCAACAUGACAUCCGUUUUCCAUCAACUCCUGCAAAACGAGGCCUUCGUAGACGUCACCCUGGCAUGUAACGAAGCUUCGUUGAAGGCACACAAGGUAGUCCUAUCGGCCUGCAGUUCCUACUUUCAGAAACUCUUACUCUCAAAUCCAUGUAAACAUCCAACUAUCAUCAUGCCACAGGACGUAUGCUUCAGCGAUCUCAAAUUCAUCAUAGAAUUUGUCUACAGAGGAGAGAUCGAUGUAUCUCAAGCAGAACUACAGUCGCUUUUGAAAACGGCCGACCAAUUGAAAAUCAAGGGCCUCUGUGAAGUACCUGAAAGUAAGGACGGGCCACCAUCAGUGAGUUUAAGCUCACCACCGAGAGAACCUGGUUCACAAAGAUUCAACUUUACCAGGUUGAAGAGACCUUAUCCAAGGUAUAAGAGAACGAGGACAUCAUUUGAGCCUCGUGCCACUGAUUCUAGGCAUUACGAUAGAUAUAAAGAGGAAGAGGACAGUGAUAGUUACCAUCGCAAAAAUAAAGAGAAUCGCAGGGACUGGCAGGUAGAAGAUGAAGAGUGCACGGAGGUGGCAGCGGCAGCAGCAGUAGUUCUGGAAAGCUGCCAACGUAACAGUAACAAUAGCACCAACAACGCUAACGGUACAAACAACAACAACAAUAACGGUGACAUGUUCUGUCACACAGGGCUAGGUCAUUACGGUCAUCACCCAGAUCCUGAGGUAGAUCUGCCUCCAGAAACACAGCCCACACCACCUAGCGCUACUUUGGUCGGUACCACCAUCACUCAUUUGCGAGACUCUGAUCAUCAUUCGACUGAGAUACAAAAUUGCGAUACAGUGAAGAUCAAGUUCGAAACCCUGCACACGAUGGAUUCUUCGGACACGAUCGAUAUCGACAGUCAUAUGUCGGACAGAGCUAGUGUAAGCUCAAAAAAUGCUGCGGACAGCGAUAAUAUGAUGAUGAUAACGCCUGAACUUCUCGGACUCAUGCCCUCUGGCAGUUCGAUUCAUUCGGACUCGGGUGAAAAUAAUUCGAGAGGUCAUUCUGGACAGUCGAGUUCACAUCAUCAUGGUAAUAAAUCAUGGACACAGGAGGACAUGGAUGCUGCGUUGGAAGCAUUAAGAAAUCACGAUAUGAGUCUUACGAAAGCAUCUGCUGCAUUUGGAAUCCCAUCAACGACGCUCUGGCAAAGAGCUCAUCGUUUAGGAAUCGACACGCCAAAAAAGGACGGACCUACGAAAUCCUGGAGCGACGAGAGUUUGAAUAAUGCAUUGGAAGCACUAAGAACAGGAACGAUCUCAGCUAACAAGGCAUCGAAAGCUUUUGGUAUACCUUCCAGUACACUUUACAAAAUAGCAAGAAGAGAGGGUAUUAGAUUAGCUGCACCCUUUAACGCGAGCCCAACUACCUGGACACCUGCCGAUUUGGAUCGUGCAUUAGAAGCAAUAAGAUCUGGUCAGACCUCUGUUCAGAGAGCUUCCACGGAAUUUGGUAUUCCUACGGGAACUCUCUAUGGUAGGUGUAAGAGAGAAGGGAUUGAACUCAGCAGAAGUAAUCCCACACCUUGGAGCGAGGAUGCUAUGACCGAAGCUCUAGAAGCUGUCAGGCUAGGUCACAUGAGCAUCAAUCAAGCAGCUAUUCAUUACAAUUUACCAUAUUCCUCCUUGUACGGACGUUUUAAAAGAGGCAAAUACGAGGAACCGGUAGUCGGUGAUUUGUCACAGGACGGCACCAACUCACACUUUCAUCAAAGUCCUACGCAGAAUCACUCAUCUACGAUUCCCGAUCAAAUGUCUUAUCAGGGUAGCUGAAAUUUACCCUUGUAUUAGAUCGUUAAGUUAUAGUGAAUAGUUAACUUCGGUUAUCUAUAUCUAUAUGUAUGAAGAGGAAGGUGACAAAAUACAGAGAGUGACAAAGAAAAGAAGAAAAACUAAAAGAAGACGAAUGGGAAGAAGAGGAGAAAGAAGAAAAUAAAAAAGAAAAAUGAUGAGCGGGUUCAAGGGGGUUCGAAAGGGAGACUGAAUUGAAGAAGAAGUAAACCCGAUUCGAAGACUAACGAUAUUUUAAAUAAAAAUCGUUCAUUGUGAAGAAUCACGAAACAUGAAGCAGAUACUGCAGUAUUAAGAACACGAUCGCGCCGUUUUAAUUAAGAAAAAAACGGAUAAUUAUUGUAUAUUGUAUGAUUUCUUUUCUGUCAUAUCGGAAAAUAUAAAUUAAUCAUUAUUUAUAAGCGAUAUUUAUAGAAAAACAAAAUAAAACAAAAAAAAUGAUAAAAAAAAGAAGUAAUACUAUAAAA